AUUCUUCUAGAUGCAGACUUUUCCAGAAUGCGGCUUCACGUGGUAUAAAAGCAGCCGGGGACGCAGCACAAGGCAGUCAGUUCUGAGAGACAAAGAGCACGGAGCUCAGUUUCCCCCAUACGCCUAAAGACCGGGAGAGACUGCAGCCUAUUCACCCAGGAUACAGCGCUUCACCCUGCAUACUGUUAUUGCUGCUACCGGAGCGAAGGACACCGUUGGGAGCGGACGCGAUCGAGAACUUCAUUUUGCACAGUAGAACGCGGACGCGAUUGAGAACUGCAGUUUGCACAGUCGAGAGAGGACACCGUGCAGUUUUUGGGGAACAGUCCACAGCGGAUAUACAGUAGAGCAGGAUGCCUGAAGACACCAGAGUCAUGGAGGAGGAGGUGGAGACUUUUGCCUUCCAAGCUGAGAUCGCUCAGCUUAUGUCCCUGAUCAUCAACACUUUCUAUUCCAACAAGGAGAUCUUCCUGCGAGAACUUAUCUCCAACUCAUCCGAUGCUCUGGAUAAAAUCCGCUAUGAGAGUCUCACUGACCCCAGCAAACUGGACUCUGGCAAAGAGCUGAAGAUAAGCUUGAUCCCUAACAAGCAUGACCGCACCCUGACUAUUAUUGACACCGGCAUCGGGAUGACCAAAGCCGAUCUCAUCAACAACUUGGGCACUAUUGCCAAGUCCGGAACCAAGGCUUUCAUGGAGGCUCUGCAGUCUGGAGCGGAUAUUUCUAUGAUUGGUCAGUUCGGUGUUGGUUUCUACUCGGGUUACCUUGUAGCCGAUAAAGUGGUCGUGAUCACCAAGCACAAUGAUGAUGAGCAGUACGCCUGGGAGUCUUCAGCCGGAGGAUCCUUCACUAUCAAAUCUGAUAAUGGUGAACCCCUUGGCCGUGGCACAAAGAUUAUUCUACACAUGAAAGAAGAUCAGACUGAAUACUUGGAGGAAAAAAGGAUCAAGGAAAUUGUGAAGAAACAUUCCCAGUUUAUUGGAUACCCCAUCACCUUGUUUGUUGAGAAGGAACGUGACAAAGAGAUCAGUGAUGAUGAAGCUGAAGAAGAAGAAGCGAAAGAGAAAGAUGAGGAGAAAGAGAAGGAAGAGAACGAUGAGACUCCUAAGAUUGAAGAUGUAGGAUCUGAUGACGAAGAGGACGAGAAAAAGGAAGACAAGAAAAAGAAAACCAAGAAGAUCAAAGAAAAUUAUAUUGACCAAGAAGAACUGAAUAAGACCAAACCUAUCUGGACCCGCAACCCCGACGACAUCACCAAUGAUGAGUAUGGAGAGUUCUAUAAGAGUCUCACCAAUGACUGGGAGGACCAUCUGGCUGUCAAGCACUUCUCUGUGGAAGGCCAACUGGAGUUCAGGGCUCUGCUGUUUGUGCCCAGGCGGGCACCCUUCGACUUGUUUGAGAACAAAAAGAAGAAGAACAACAUCAAGCUGUAUGUGCGCAGGGUCUUCAUCAUGGACAACUGCGAGGAGCUGAUCCCAGAGUAUCUCAAUUUCAUAAAGGGAGUAGUGGACUCGGAGGACUUACCCCUUAACAUCUCCCGUGAGAUGCUGCAACAGAGCAAAAUCCUCAAAGUCAUCCGCAAGAACCUGGUGAAAAAGUGUAUGGAACUAUUUACUGAGCUGGCAGAGGACAAAGAGAACUACAUGAAAUUCUAUGAGCACUUCUCCAAAAAUAUCAAGCUUGGAAUCCAUGAAGACUCCACAAACCGUAAGAAGCUUUCGGAGCUCCUGCGUUACCACUCCUCAACUUCUGGAGAAGAGAUGAUCUCCCUGACCGAGUACGUGUCCCGCAUGAAGGAAAAUCAGAAACACAUCUACUACAUUACAGGAGAAACUAAGGAUCAAGUGGCUCAUUCAGCCUUUGUGGAAAGACUCAGAAAACAUGGCCUAGAAGUGAUCUACAUGACCGAGCCCAUCGAUGAGUAUUGCAUCCAACAGCUCAAAGAGUUUGAUGGAAAGACUUUGGUCUCAGUGACUAAGGAAGGGCUGGAGCUUCCAGAGGAUGAAGAAGAGAAGAAGAAGCAGGAGGAGAUCAAGGCCAAGUUUGAGAACCUCUGCCAGAUCAUGAAAGAGAUAUUGGACAAGAAAGUGGAAAAGGUGAUCGUCUCAAACAGACUGGUUGAGUCCCCUUGUUGCAUCGUGACCAGCGCCUAUGGGUGGUCCGCCAACAUGGAACGUAUCAUGAAAGCUCAGGCUCUCCGGGACAACUCUACAAUGGGCUACAUGGCAGCCAAGAAACACCUAGAAAUUAAUCCUGACCAUUCCAUUAUUGAAACACUAAGACAGAAGGCAGAUGCUGACAAGAAUGACAAAUCUGUGAAGGAUCUGGUUAUUCUGCUCUACGAGACUGCCCUCCUGUCAUCUGGCUUCAGCCUGGAAGACCCCCAGACACAUUCCAACCGCAUCUACAGGAUGAUCAAACUUGGCUUGGGAAUUGAUGAAGAUGAGGUUCCUGAAGAAGAGACCACAAACCCAGUCGUGGAAGAGAUGCCGCCUCUAGAGGGCGACAAUGAUGACUCCUCCAGAAUGGAAGAAGUUGACUAAGAGCAUGGACUAUAUAGGGGCAAUGUUGCCGAAAGAUGUGAAUAUUUUUGUACAAUAUCCUGUCCCGGGAGGGGAUAUUAUGAGAAAAUGUCACUUUUGCACAUUCCUUUUCUAAUGUGUUAUUUAUUUUAUUGUAUAAUUUGUUCCUAUGAUGCACCUACAGUCUUCCCAGCUGGAUCUGUUCUAUUACUAAUAGUUCAUAUGUUCAGGAAACAUAUACUGUCUGUAAAGGUGCCGCUAUAUAGUCAUUGUAAAUACCACAAGCCAAAUCUGCGUUGGUUUAUUAUACAAUCGAAUGUAAAGUAUCAAUUGUUUGCACACAGUCAGAAUUUUCCUUGCAUUUUUUUUUUUAUAAUAAAAAAAUCCUAAAUUGG